AUGGCCACCAAAGCCACCAAAGCCACCACCAAGCCUGCCAACGGCUCCAACGGUGUCGAUGGCGCUUACUCCUACCACGCUGCCACCACUCAGGACGCCAUCAGUGCUGAGAAGGAGUAUGCCGCUCACAACUACCACCCCCUCCCCAUCGUCUUCGCUCGUGCUCAGGGCACCACUGUCUGGGACCCCGAGGGUCGGGAGUACCUGGAUUUCCUGUCUGCAUACUCCGCCGUCAACCAGGGUCACUGCCACCCCAAGCUGGUAGCGGCUCUGGUGGAACAGGCCUCUCGGCUGACCCUCAGCUCUCGUGCCUUUUAUAAUGAUGUCUUCCCUCGCUUCGCUGAAUUUGUUACCAAAUACUUCGGGUUCGAUAUGGUCCUGCCCAUGAACACAGGUGCGGAAGCCGUCGAGACUGGUAUCAAGAUCGCUCGGAAGUGGGGUUAUAAGGUGAAGGGGAUUCCGGAGAAUCAGGCGCUCGUCCUGAGUGCGGAGAACAACUUCCACGGACGCACGUUCGCCGCUAUCUCGUUGUCGUCUGACCCCGAGUCGCGCGAAAACUAUGGCCCCUAUCUCCCCGGUAUCGGAUGCACCAUUCCCGGAACGGACAAGCCUAUCGCCUACAACGACAAGGCGGCUCUGCGGGAGGCCUUCGAGAAGGCGGGUCCCAACUUGGCCGCUUUCCUGGUGGAGCCCAUUCAGGGCGAGGCGGGUAUCGUGGUUCCUGACGAAGAUUACCUGCAGGAGGCGAGAGCCCUGUGCGACAAGCACAAUGUCCUCUUGAUUUGCGAUGAGAUCCAGACUGGCAUUGCCCGUACUGGUAAGCUGCUCUGCCACGAGUGGAGUGGAAUCAAGCCCGACAUGGUCCUGUUGGGCAAGGCCAUCUCUGGUGGCAUGUACCCCGUGUCUGCCGUUCUGGGGCGCAAGGAUGUCAUGCUCACAAUUGAACCCGGCACGCACGGAUCCACCUAUGGCGGUAACCCUCUGGCCUGUGCGGUUGCCAUCCGCGCUCUGGAGGUUGUCCAGGAAGAACAGAUGGUUGAGCGCGCGGAGAGGCUUGGUCACCUCUUCCGCGACGGCCUGCUGGCCAUCCAGAACCCUAUCAUCCAGACAGUGCGGGGCAAGGGUCUGCUGAAUGCCAUCGUUAUUGACGAGUCGAGAACCAAUGGUCGUACCGCGUGGGAUCUUUGUAUGUUGAUGAAGUCCAAGGGUCUUCUGGCCAAACCAACCCACCAGAACAUCAUCCGUCUUGCGCCCCCCUUGGUCAUCACUGAAGAUGAGAUUCAAAAGGCUCUGGACAUCAUCAAGGAGUCAGUGGCAGAGCUGCCCACCCUCACUGGCGAGGUUGAGGACGAGAUUAUCCCUCCACCGGAGAAGAAGGUGAAGGUGACCCUUGAGAACUAG